GCAGCCUCGCUUCGGCGCCCGGUGCCAGCUGGCUCAUUCGUCUGGGACGGAGGUGGAGGCUUGGGGCUCCUUGCCGCUGGGGGGGGGACUCCCCCCUACGCCCCCUGCCCUCAACCCACCCAAAAGGAGCCUCUACACCCAGCCGGUCGCCCUGGCAGCCAGUCCAGCUAGGAAUUAGCCCUGUUCCGCUUCGCCUGGGGCUUACAGCCCACACCCCUCCAGGAGGAGUAGGGGUCUCGAUGAGGGUCUCCCCCUACCCAACCUUUUGCUAGAGCCUGCAGGGCUGUGCAAGCUUGAGAAGGACCAUGAAGGUGGGCUGGCCAGGUGAGAGCCGCUGGCAGGUGGGCCUGGCUGUGGAGGACAGCCCAGCUCUCGGAGCAUCGCAGGUGGGAGGCCUCCCGGACGUGGUGCCGGAGGGGACCCUGCUCAACAUGGUGCUGAAGAGGAUGCACCGGCCCCGGAGCUGUUCUUACCAGCUGCUGCUUGAGCACCAGCGCCCCAGCUGCAUCCAGGGGCUCCGCUGGACGCCACUCACGGACAGUGAGGAGUCCCUGGAUUUCAGCGUGAGCCUGGAGCAGGCCUCCACGGAGCGGGUGCUCCGGGCCGGGAAGCAGCUGCAUCGACACCUCCUGGCCACUUGCCCGACCCUUAUCCGAGACCGGAAGUACCACCUUAGGCUCUAUCGGCAGUGCUGCUCUGGCCGGGAGCUGGUGGAUGGGAUCUUGGCACUGAGCCUUGGAGUUCAUUCCCGAAACCAAGCCGUUGGAAUCUGCCAGGUGCUCCUGGAUGAAGGUGCCCUUUGCCAUGUGAAACACGACUGGACCUUCCAGGACCGAGAUACCCAAUUCUACCGUUUCCCCGGGCCAGAGCCAGAGCCCGUGGGAGUCCAUGAGCUGGAGGAGGAACUGGUGGAGGCUAUGGCCCUGCUCUCCCAGCGGGGGCCUGAUGCCCUGCUCACUGUGGCGCUUCGAAAGCCCCCAGGUCAGCGCACAGACGAGGAGCUGGACCUCAUCUUUGAGGAGCUGCUGCAUAUCAAGGCCGUGGCCCACCUCUCCAACUCGGUGAAGCGGGAAUUAGCAGCAGUUCUGCUCUUUGAACCCCACAGCAGAGCAGGGACCGUGUUGUUCAGCCAGGGAGACAAGGGCACCUCGUGGUACAUUAUCUGGAAGGGAUCUGUCAACGUGGUGACCCAUGGCAAAGGGCUGGUGACCACACUGCAUGAGGGAGAUGACUUUGGACAGCUGGCUCUGGUGAAUGACGCACCCCGGGCAGCCACCAUCAUCCUGCGAGAAGAUAACUGUCAUUUUCUCCGUGUGGAUAAGCAGGACUUCAACCGUAUCAUCAAGGAUGUGGAAGCAAAGACCAUGAGGCUAGAAGAGCAUGGCAAAGUGGUGUUGGUGCUGGAGAGAGCCUCCCAGGGCGCUGGCCCUUCUCGCCCCCCAACCCCAGGCAGGAACCGGUAUACAGUGAUGUCUGGCACCCCAGAGAAGAUCCUAGAACUGCUCUUGGAGGCCAUGCGGCCUGAUUCCAGUGCUCAUGACCCAACAGAGACAUUUCUCAGCGACUUCCUCCUGACCCACAGUGUCUUCAUGCCCAGCGCCCAGCUUUGUGCUGCCCUCCUGCACCACUUCCACGCGGAGCCCUCAGGAGGCAGUGAGCAGGAGCACAGCACCUACGUCUGCAACAAAAGGCAGCAGGUCCUGCGGCUGGUCAGCCAGUGGGUGGCCCUGUAUGGUCCCAUGCUCUACGCUGACCCCGUGGCCACCAGCUUUCUCCAGAAACUCUCAGACCUGGUGAGCAGAGACGCCCGGCUUUGCAUCCUGCUACGGGAGCAGUGGCCGGAGAGGCGGAAACACCACAGGAUGGAAAACGGCUGUGGGAAUGCAUCUCCUCAGAUGAAGGCCAGGAACAUGCCUGUUUGGCUCCCCGGCCAGGACCAGCCCCUCCCCAGCAGCAACUGUGCCAUUCGAGUUGGGGACAAAGUCCCCUAUGACAUUUACCGGCCGGACCACUCAGUGCUGACCCUGAAGCUGCCUGUGACGGCCUCAGUGAGAGAGGUGAUGGCAGCGUUGGCCCAGGAGGAUGGCUGGACCAAGGGGCAGGAGCUGGUGAAGGUCAACUCUGCAGGCGACGCCAUUGGCCUGCAGCCAGAUGCCCGUGGUGUGGCCACAUCGCUGGGGCUCAACGAACGGCUCUUUGUUGUCAACCCACAGGAAGUGCGCGAGCUGACCCCGCUCCCCGAGCAGCUGGGGCCCUCCGUGGGCUCUGCUGAGGGGCUGGACCUGGUGAGUGCCAAGGACCUGGCGGGCCAGCUGACGGACCACGACUGGAACCUCUUCAACAGUAUCCACCAGGUGGAGCUGAUCCACUAUGUGCUGGGCCCCCAGCAUCUGCGGGACGUCACCACCGCCAACCUGGAGCGUUUCAUGCGCCGCUUCAACGAGCUCCAGUACUGGGUGGCCACAGAGCUGUGUCUCUGCCCUGUACCCGGCCUGCGGGCCCAGCUGCUCAGGAAGUUCAUCAAGCUGGCUGCCCACCUCAAGGAGCAAAAGAAUCUCAAUUCUUUCUUUGCCGUCAUGUUUGGCCUCAGCAACUCGGCCAUCAGCCGCCUGGCCCACACCUGGGAGCGGCUGCCCCACAAAGUCCGGAAGCUGUACUCGGCCCUGGAGAGGCUGUUGGACCCCUCAUGGAACCACCGAGUCUAUCGACUGGCCCUCACCAAGCUCUCCCCUCCCAUCAUCCCCUUCAUGCCCCUUCUUCUCAAAGACAUGACCUUCAUCCAUGAGGGAAACCACACGUUGGUAGAGAAUCUCAUCAACUUUGAGAAGAUGAGAAUGAUGGCCAGAGCCGUGAGGAUGCUGCAUCACUGCCGAAGCCACAGCAAUGUGCCCCUCUCACCGCUCAGAAGCCGCGUCUCCCACCUCCACGAGGACAGCCAGGCAGCCAGGACAUCCACGUGCUCCGAGCAGUCGCUGAACACCCGGAGUCCAGCCAGCACCUGGGCUUAUGUCCAGCAGCUGAAGGUCAUCGACAACCAGCGGGAACUCUCCCGCCUGUCCCGGGAGCUGGAGCCGUGAGGAGGCUGGGGCCCGAGCGGGCACUUCCCGUCAGGAAAGCCAGGGCACGCCCGGGGCCAAGAGGCCCACAGGCUGGCCACAGCUGGGCAGGGCUCUCCGCAGAGUGGACUCAAGGCCCUGGAGCGGGCAGCGUGGAGGCAGCUGUCCCCUGUGAUGACGGGUGGCCAAGGAGGACCUCGGAAUGGAAUGAGCCGGGGCCCAAGGCCAAGGAAUGGGGGGCAGAGAGGCCCUGGAGUGGGUGGGAGAGCAGAGCAGGUGCUGGGACUCUGGGUUCAAUAGAGAGCUCUCCACACCAGGUUUUUCCCAGAUUCUGUGUCUUGUGGCUUUGUUGUCAGGCCAUCUGUAGGCGGUUUGUUUUCGCAGCGGACAGAGGGAGCCUGUCACAUCUGUGGGGCGGGUGUGUGGCAGGGGCAGGGUGGCCGCCUGGGGAGGGGCGCGGGGGAGGGGCCGUCCUGCUUUUCUUCCCAGAGCACAGGAGAUAAACAGUCGGGUGUGGCCAGGGCUGUUCCUACGGGCAGGGGGGCAGGCGUGAUGGUCCCUGGGGAGCCUUACCAUUAACAUGAAUUAACCGGGAUGCUGUGUUCCCAGGCCAGCUCCGUUGGGGCAUGGCAGUGAAGGCGACACCCUCCCAAACUCAAGAGCUGAGGAGGAGGUGCUGUGCUCCAGAGUGGACCCAGAGAGGCUGACAAACGGUCCCGCUGGUCUCUGGGGUCCAGGCAGGACGCCAAGAUGGCUGACCGCCAUCCAAACCUAACCCCCUGACCACAGGGGCCGGAGCGGCUGCUGGAGCCUGGAGCCCCUGUCAGUGGCCGGCCGGGGCGACCCUUGGCUCUCCAGUGUGGUCUGCGAGCACUGUCACAGCCCAGCUGUGACUAACUUCCUCCACCCUCGCCUCCUGGCUGCACUUGCUGUCCCUCUCUGCCUGCAGCACGUCUCAGCCUGUUGGGUGGUCCUCACCAUGAACCGGGGCCUCAGAGAAGCGGCAGGUGAUGCGUAGAGAACACUGAGGCCGAGGCUUCGGAGGGGAGCCCAUCCCUUUCUGAGCCACAGCCGGAUCCCGGGAAAUCCAGUCUCUUCUCAGGGAUGAGAAUGGUCCCAGCAAGCUCCGUCAGCAUUCAGUCCUUCCCUCCCCUGCCCUGCAGCAGCCCCCUCUCUCCCCAGGGCCUCCUUCCUCUCAGCGGGGGGAGGUGCCCUGUCUGGCCCGGAGAAGGAUCUCUUGGCCUUGGGGAUGACCCCAGAGUAGGUAUUGAGCAGCCGGGCCCUAGGGCGUCUGGAGGCCAUGGGCCCAUACCUGGAGGUGGACUAGACAGCUGGUGUGGCUCCGUACUCGCCCAAGUCCUCCUCCCCUCACCCCUGCACUGCCAGACCUCUCUUCUCCCUGUGGUCAUGGACACACACACAAACUGCUUCCGGAGAGAAUUAGAGCCCUUCACGGGAGGCGGCACAGCUGGGAUCGUACCUCAGGUUUCUGAGUGACCGUGAGCAAGUUAAGGAACAGUUCUCCGCUUCCAUUUCUCCAUGGGUAAGAAACCAAGGUUCUAAGAACAGCUUUCCAGCCCAGCCUGAAUCCUGCCCAUCCAGUAAACGGCAUAGCACCAGGCACACGGCUUCUCUUGAAAAACUAGAGGCUCUGGCAACACCGAGCCUGCGUCCUGACAUGGCAGCAAGUGACUGGAGCUAAGAGUGGCUGCCGAUUUCAGGCAGAGCAUCCCUGCCAAG